AUGAACACAGUUAUUGAAUAAAAUAAAUUACAUAACUUAGCUAUUUACAUAAAUGAAGAAGAAAAGAAAUUCCAAAAACAUUUAGAAAAAACAGAAAAAACAAAUUAAAAAAGAAUUGAUCUUGAAGAAGAAAUACAUAAAAUUCAAUUAGAGAUCAUAAGUAAAUUAUAUCAAUAAUAUUAUAAGAGCAAAACCAUUUAAAAGAGAAGGCUGAAAAGCUUCAAAAAGAUUACCCUUAAUUACUCGAAGAAAAAUAACAUGAACUUGUUAAUCUCUAGAAAGAAUUAUCAUUGACUACUGCAGCUAAAAAAGUAAAUUAAGUAUAAAACUUAGGCAGCUUAAUAAGAAUAUGAUAUUUAGAUUAAGCAUCUAUAGUAAUAAAUUGCAGAAUUGAAAAGAGAAAAACAAGAUUUGAAAAGAGAAAACUUAGGGAAAUAAGAAAAAUAAACAGCUUUGCGUAAUGACUUAUAAAAGUUUGGAAAAGCAUUAUAGAGUAGAGAAAAGCCUCCUGUUGAAUAUAAAAUUUAUAGUUCUUCUGGAGGAUUCGGACCUCUUUAUUAGCCAUAAGAGUAAUAGUAGUAAAAUAUGUUUUAUUGA